UGGAGCUGCCUCAGUGCGCGGUCGGUAGAGGCGGCGGCGAGGCGCAGCGUAGCUCUAUGGAGGUGGUGGAGGGAAGCUCUCAGCGGCGGCUGCUCCUUCGCUGUUGAUUCGGGAGACGCGCCCUGCCUCGCACGUUCCCCCCCCUCCCUACCCCGGCCCCGCUCCCCGGCUCCCUCUCCCCCCUCCCUCCUCUCGUCUCUCCGCCCUUGCGAGCCGCCGGGACCCGGGGGAGCUGACGAGGCCGUAGGGAAGAUUCUUCAUUGUCAAGCCGCCAAAGUGGAGAGUGCGAUUGCAGAAGGGGGUGCUUCUCGUUUCAGUGCUUCUUCAGGCGGAGGAGGUGGUAGGGGUGCACCUCAGCACUAUCCCAAGACUGCCGGUAACAGCGAGUUCCUGGGGAAAACCCCAGGGCAAAACGCUCAGAAAUGGAUUCCUUCCCGAAGCACUAGACGAGAUGACGACUCCGCAAAUGAUAAAGAACGACAUGACGCAAUCUUCAGGAAAGUAAGAGGCAUACUAAAUAAGCUUACUCCUGAAAAGUUUGACAAGCUAUGCCUUGAGCUCCUCAAUGUGGGUGUAGAGUCUAAGCUCAUCCUAAAAGGGGUCAUACUGCUGAUCGUAGACAAAGCCCUUGAAGAGCCAAAGUAUAGCUCGCUAUAUGCUCAACUAUGUCUGCGACUGGCAGAAGAUGCACCCAACUUUGAUGGCCCAUCAGCAGAGAGUCAUCCAGGACAGAAGCAAAGCACAACAUUCAGACGCCUCCUAAUUUCUAAACUCCAGGAUGAAUUUGAAAAUCGAACCCGAAAUGUUGAUAUCUACGAUAAGCAUGAUGCUCCCCUUCUCCCUGAGGAGGAAGAACAGAGAGCCAUUGCCAAGAUUAAGAUGCUGGGGAACAUCAAAUUCAUUGGAGAACUUGGCAAGCUUGAUCUUAUUCAUGAAUCUAUCCUUCAUAAGUGCAUCAAAACACUUUUGGAAAAGAAGAAGAGAGUCCAACUCAAGGAUAUGGGGGAGGAUUUGGAGUGCCUCUGUCAGAUAAUGAGGACAGUGGGACCUAGAUUAGACCAUGCAAAAGCCAAGUCCUUAAUGGAUCAGUACUUUGCCCGUAUGCGCUCCUUGAUGUCAAGUAAGGAAUUGCCAGCAAGGAUUCGUUUCCUGCUGCAGGAUACUGUGGAGUUGAGAGAACACAACUGGGUUCCUCGCAAAGCUUUUCUUGACAAUGGACCAAAGACUAUCAAUCAAAUCCGUCAAGAUGCAGUAAAAGAUCUAGGAGUUUUUAUUCCUCCUCCUAUGUCUCAAGGGAUGAGAAGCGACUUCUUUCUGGAGGGACCGUUUAUGCCACCAAGGAUGAAACUUGACAGGGACCCACUUGGAGGGCUUGCUGAUAUGUUCGGACAAAUGCCAGGAAGCGGAAUUGGUACUGGUCCUGGAGUUAUUCAGGAUAGAUUUUCACCUACUAUGGGACGUCAUCGUUCAAAUCAACUCUUCAAUGGCCAUGGGGGACAUCUUAUGCCUCCUGCUCAAUCCCAGUUUGGAGACCUAGGAAAAUCUUUUUUGAAAAGUCAGGGGCAAAGCCAGCUCUACCAUAACCAGAAUCAGGGACUAUUAUCCCAGCAACAAGGACAGUCGAAGGAUAUGCCACCUCGGUUUUCUAAGAAGGGACAGCUUAAUGCAGAUGAGAUCAGCUUGCGACCUGCACAGUCUUUCCUAAUGAAUAAAAACCAAGUGCCAAAGCUUCAGCCCCAGAUAACUAUGAUUCCUCCCAGUGCACAACCACCACGCACUCAAACACCACCUUUGGGACAGCCGCCUCAGCUUGGUCUCAAGACAAAUCCACCGCUUAUCCAAGAGAAGCCUGCAAAGACUAGCAAAAAGCCGCCACCUUCUAAGGAAGAACUACUUAAACAAACUGAAGCUGUUGUGACAGAGUACCUGAACAAUGGAAAUGCAAAUGAUGCUGUCAAUAGUGUGCGAGAAAUGAGAGCUCCAAAACCCUUUAUUCCAGAGAUGCUGAGCAAAGUAGUCAUUCAAUCCCUAGACCGAACGGAUGAAGACCGAGAGAAAGCAAGUUCUUUGAUCAGUUUACUCAAACAGGAAGGAAUAGCCACUAGUGACAACUUCAUGCAGGCAUUCCUGAAUGUAUUGGACCAGUGCCCGAAACUUGAGGUAGACAUCCCUUUGGUGAAAUCCUACUUAGCACAAUUUGCAGCCCGUGCCAUCAUUUCAGAACUGGUGAGCAUUUCCGAACUGGCUCAACCGCUGGAGAGUGGCACCCAUUUCCCCCUCUUCUUGCUUUGCCUUCAACAAUUAGCCAAGUUACAAGAUCGUGAAUGGUUAACAGAACUUUUCCAACAAAGCAAAGUCAAUAUGCAGAAGAUGUUGCCUGAGAUUGACCAGAACAAGGAUCGUAUGCUGGAGAUCUUAGAAGGGAAAGGUCUUAGUUUCUUAUUCCCACUUCUAAAACUAGAGAAGGAACUGUUAAAGCAAAUAAAGUUGGAUCCAUCUCCUCAAGUCAUCUAUAAGUGGAUUAAAGAUAACAUUUCACCCAAACUUCAUGUAGAUAAAGGAUUUGUGAAUAUAUUGAUGACCAGUUUCUUACAGUAUAUUUCUAGUGAAGUAAACCCACCUAAUGAUGAACCAGAUUCUUCAUCUGCUCCUUCUAAAGAGCAAUUAGAGCAGGAAAAACAGCUGCUGCUUUCCUUCAAGCCAGUAAUGCAGAAGUUCCUUCAUGACCAUGUUGAUCUACAAGUGAGUGCUCUAUAUGCACUUCAGGUGCACUGCUACAACAACAACUUUCCAAAAGGCAUGUUACUGCGCUUCUUUGUUCAUUUCUAUGACAUGGAAAUUAUUGAGGAAGAAGCCUUUUUGGCAUGGAAAGAAGAUAUUACUCAAGAGUUUCCAGGGAAAGGCAAAGCUUUAUUCCAGGUCAACCAGUGGCUAACCUGGCUGGAAACUGCUGAAGAAGAGGAAUCUGAAGAAGAAGCUGACUAAACCAGCCAAAGCCUUAAAUUGUGCAAACAUACUGUUGCUAUGAUGUAACUGCAUUUGACCUAACCACUGCGAAAAUUCAUUCCGCUGUAAUGUUUUCACAAUAUUUAAAGCAGAAGUAAAUCAAUAGGAUAUUCUUCUGCAAAAGGUUUUUGUAGUAUGUCUUAAUCAUAGUCUACCAUAAAAUAUUUUAGAGUAUCUUUAAUGUUUAGAUAACAGUGUAUUAGCAGCAUGCAAUAAUUACAUCAUAAGUUCUCAAGCAGAAGCAGUCUAUUGCAAGGGUUGUCUUUGCCAGUUAUCAUAGGCUGUUUUUAAGUUUAGAAAACUGAAUAGCAACACUGAAUACUGUAGAAAUGCACUUUGCUCAGUGUAAUACUUGAGUCGUUGCAAUAUUUGAUUAUCCAUUUGGUUGUUACAGAGAAUCCUUAACUGUAAUCGAUGGUUGUUGCCGUAAUAGUAUAUUGCCUGUAUUUCUACCUCUAGUAAUGGGCUUUAUGUGCUAGAUUUUUAAUAUCCUUGAGCCUGGGCAAGUGCAUAAGUCUUUAAAAAGGAAAAAAAAAAACAGUUGACUUGCACAAAACCUGAUCAGCUUGGAGAGGUGGUUAAAUGCCCUUGGAAGUGGUUUGUUAUUUUCCUUUUUGUUUUGUGGGUGUGAAACAAAAUGGUGAGAAAUUGAAUUGGUCCUUCCUUAUUAUAGUAUUGAAAUUAAGUCUACUUAAUUUAUCAAGACAUGUUCAUGCCCUGAUUUUAUAUACUUGUAUCUAUCAAUAAACAUUGUGAUACUUGACAA